AUAUAACUGCGGACUGGUCAACUCCUUUCUCGUGUUCUCCUCUCACCUCGAAGCCUGGUAGGGCGACGCGAUGGGCGAGGAGGGUGCUCGCAAGUCAUCCUCAGUAUAAAAAGAUGGUUCGCCCCUGACGGCACGGCCGUCUCGCUGCAUCCAUACGGGGGCGCAACCAUGACAAUUCUUGUGGCCACCGUGUUUCUUGGCCUCGCGUCGUACGCGCUGGCCGAUGGGCUCCACCACCUCGACAUUGCCAAGGUCGGCAAUGUGGGCUAUGUGGCCCGUGGUCCCGGAGCCCUCCAGUACCACCAGAGCGGAGGCGUGAUCCCUGAGGGUGUGCCCACCGUUUCUCGCGGCCAUUCCGGCACCACCGUUCACGGACCUCCCAUCACCGACACCCACGGCGUCAGUGUCUCGCAGCCCGCCGUAACCGUCACUCAGCAACGUGUGGUGCAGCCCGCCAUCACUGUGACCCAGCAGCGGCCCGCUAUCACUCUGACCCAGCAGAGGGUCGUGCAGCCGGCCAUUACUGUGACACAGCAACAGCCCGCUGUCACCUACACCCAGCAAAGGGUCGUGCAGCCGGCAGUGACCCUUACCCAGCAGCAACCAGCCAUCACCGUCACUCAGCAGCGGGUUGUCCAGCCUGCAGUGACCGUGACUCAGCAGCAGCCGGCCAUAACGCUCACUCAGCAGCGAGUGGUACAGCCAGCUAUCGCUGUGACACAGCCCGGAAUCGCCAUCACUCAGCACCGCGUCGUUCAGCCGGCUGUCACCGUGACCGAGCACCAGCCGGCCGUCACGGUUACCCAGACACAGCAGCGCGUCGUCCAGCCGGCCACCGUCGUCAGCCCCGUGCCCGGCAUCGCCGUGACCCAGCACCGCGUUGUGCAGCCUGGAGGUCUGGCCGUGAGCCACAUUCCCGGAGCCGUGUACACCACACAGGGCGCCUACGGAGUCGGAGGUACUUACGGUAUCACGCUUGUCAGGCCUGGUGGUAGUUACGGUUUUGGUUACGGAAUUGGCGGCGCUCAUUAUGGCGCAGGCCUGCUCCUCCACCACCAGCCAGGACAAGCCGUGACCACGGUGCACCCGGGAGCCGCUUAUGGCUACGGGGCUGUGGCUUACCGUCCAGGACAGGCUAUCACCACGGUGAGGCCCGGAUCGGCCUACGGCUACGGAGCCGUGUCCUACCAGCCGGGAUCCACGGUUACUACUUACAGGCCCGGAACGGCCUACAACAUCAAUGCUGUGACCUACCAGCCGGGCUCUGCGGUCACGACCGUUAAACCCGGAGCGGCUUACGGUGCCGGCACGCUUACCUACCAGCCAGGCUCUGCGAUCACCACAGUUCGGCCAGGUUCCGCGGCUUACGGCGUGACCACCGUCACCCAGCCGGGCGCUGGCGUCGUGCAGCACACCCCGGGAUACAUCUAUGGUCUCGGCUAUGGAACGCGUACAAUUGGCAUCCCUGAAAUUCAUUACCACACUAGGCCUGUCAACUUCGGCUACGGAUACGGCUUGGGCGGUACCCGCUAUGGCUCGCUGUACCAUCCUGGUGCGGUCGUGCACGGUGAGGGUUUCGGUCUUCUGCACACCCCGGGAGCCACUGUUUACCACCACGCUCCAGGCGUCGCUGUGACCAGCCCGGGAGCGGCUGUGACCACCUACAAGACCGCCACCGUCUCCGCUCCCGGCGCCGCCAUUGUACACACAGCUCCCGGUCCAGCAGUUACUACCUACAGGACCGCCACCUUGACUGCGCCUGGCGGCGCUGUUGUCCAGCAAGUUCCAGGCGUCACCACGUACAGGACCGCCACCGUGACUUCUCCAGGGGGCGCUGUUGUCCAGCAAGUCCCUGGCGUCACAACCUACAGGACUGCCACCGUGACUGCUCCAGGAGGCGCUGUUGUCCAGCAAGUCCCAGGCGUCACCACUUACAGGGCCGCCACCGUCACCUCUCCAGGAGGCGCUGUUGUUCAGCAGGUUCCAGGCGUCACUACGUACAGGACCUCGACUGUCACUUCACCAGGAGCCGCUGUUGUCCAGCAGCCGGGAGUCGCCGUCACUGGCGUCAGAACGUACACCGUCCCAGGCUCAGCCGUCGUCCAGCAGAUUCCGGGAGUUACCACCUACAGAACUGGCGCUGUCACCACUCCCGGAUCUGCUAUCGUGCAGCAAGUUCCAGGCGCCGUCACUACUUACAGGACAGCUACCAUCUCUGCUCCUACGGCCACCGUAGUCCAGCGUCCAGGUGCCGUUACCACCUACAGGACGGCCACCAUCAGUGCCCCAACCGGCACUGUCGUUCAGCAGCCCGGUAUCACCACCUACCGCACCACGGCCCUGCAGCAGCCAGACAUCCACGUCUUUCACCAGCCAGCAGUGGCCACUGGCACCCUCGUCGCCCCUGUCAGCACCGGCGCCGUGACAACUUACAAAACUGCGGCCGUCGGCGCUCCGGGUGCGGCUAUUCUUCACCAGCCAGCGGUGUCUGUUGUCCAUCAUCCAGCUGUUGCCACCGGUUCCGUCGUGACCCCAGUCACCGGAGCUGCUGUUACCACGUACAGGACGGCCACCGUGACCACACCCGGACAGGCCGUUGUCCACCAGAUUCCGGGAGCCGUGGUGCACAGUCCGGCUGUCGCUACUACCGUCGUUGGCCACCCAGCCGGUGCCGUCGGUGUGACCCCAGGACAAAGUAUCAUGUUCGGAGUCGGAGGACUCCGCUACGCCGGCGGUAUCGACGAUGCCGUUCAGGGCGCCCUCAACGGAGCGGCCCUCAUCCAAGCGGCUCCCGCCCCCGUGGCGGUCACGAAUGUCCUCCCAGGUUCGGUAACGUACCACGGUGCCGCCGCCGCCGUUCCAGCCUCGGCUGCUGUGCUGCACCACGUGCCCACGGAAGCCGAGCUCAGGCAGCUCAUCACCUACGGCUACGGCUACGGCCUCGGAGGCGUUCGCUACAGCCAUGCUACGGCUCCGGCCUCCGUGGUGACAUCUCCGGCUGCCGUGGUCCACGAGGCAGCCCCAGCUGUCGUUACGUCGCACGCUAUCCCGGCUGCAGUCCAGCACUACGCUCAGCGGUACAUCUCGUACGGCCCGACCACCACCCUGAAGUACACCGUGGACCCCAGCGUCCAGCCCCUUCAGACUCUCAAGAAGAAAUAGACGGUAACCUCCACGCGCAGGAACCACUCCGCAGCACCAACACGGAUGAUUAUGACGAGAAUUUUAGAGAGCCGAGGCGCGCGAUCUUCUAUUUAUUCCAGCGUUCUCCUCUUCACUUCUUUGUCCUCGCUGACGUCACGAGGCGAGUGCCGGUUAUAGCCUGGGUGGGACUGGACGCGAAACCCACGAUGCCAUGUUCCCGCUCCCAGUCAAGUACGGGACUGCGCCCCAGCGAAAGGCGAGAGACUGUUCGCGCGAAUAAAA